UGAAAGUUUUGAGUUUGUGGCCUUGAAACCAAACAAAACCUAAGGCAAAAGAGGACGAUAAGGUAUCCAGAGAGUGAAAGGGAGGUGUAGUAGAGAAGGAAAAUGUUGGAGGUGUUUGAAGUUGGGCCUUGUAGAGAUGCUUACGUGAUGGGGUUGUUGAUAGGCCAGAGAUUCGCUAAUCGGAUAACAAGCAGGUUGGCCACAGACCUUAUUCUUCAGCAGCAGCUCCUCCCUUUCGCUCAAACUCCAGAGUCACAUUCAAUCAUCAAAACACUCUCAGAGACUAACCAGAGGAAGUUUCCGAGAUACUGGGAUGAGCUCCUGGGGACUGCAGAAGGAAGUGGGAUGCCUGUUCUUGACAUAAUAUCAAUCAACUUCAGGAAGGAAAUACUUCCAUUUCUUCCCAAGGCAGCAAUGAAUUCUAGUGCAGGUGGUACCUCAGAAGACUGCUCUGACGUGCUUGUUGUUAGCGACUCCAUGGCCAUUGCUGCACACAAUGAUGAUGCAAACAUUGCUAUAGUUGGGCACAAUUAUCUGAUCAGGGGUUCUUUGUCAAAUGGACUGUCCUUCACUGCUUACACAUAUGCUGGAGAGCUUCCAAGCUGUGCCUUCGGCUUUAACAAUCAUGGACUGGCAUUUACACUGAAUUCAGUACCCCCAUCUGAAGAGGAGAUUGUAGCUGCUGGAGUAGGGCGGAAUUUUAUAUCUCGAGACCUGCUUGAAGCAACAAACAUUGAUGAUGCAUCGAGUAGGAUUCAUUCAGCAGAAGCUUCUGUUGGACAUAGUUACACAAUUUGAUUGACAUAAAGACACACAGGAUUUUGAAUGUUGAAACUGCAUCAAAGAACCGGGUUUCAGUUCAUGAGAUUGGAGCAACACCAUUCUUCCAUGCAAACAUGUAUCUUCACCUUCAAGUUCAGCAGGUACAUGAUGAGAACUCAAUAAGCAGGCAAAAAAGAGCAGCUCAGCUACCAAAACAAUCAAAAGAUGAUUUCCUCUUGCUUCUUGGAGAUAGUGAAGAUGCAAAAUACCCCAUCUACAUGACCGGUACUUUGGAGGACGAUAUGAAUACCUCCUCUUUGUCAUCACUCUUCUUUACCAUUUCGCCUUAUUUUUCAGGUUCAACACUAUGUACAGAAGUACUUGAUCUGGACAAACAAGCACCAUCAGUUAUUGAAGGGAAUCUGAAGAAAGGAGAAAUUUCUCAUGUAUUCUCAAUAUCUUUAAAAGAGUCCAAGAUGUUGCAGUGAAAGCCCCUGGCCGCCUACUUCAGUUGUGCAUAUAGAAGGGACUCAUUUUUUAAAGCUCUUAUGCAGCUUCAUAGAGGCCUAACAUGUGACCAUCAAUACAUCGCAUGGCUGCAACCUGAUAGCACAAGGCACUUUUAGAUUCUCCCUAUCAAGGCCAAGAAAAUAUUAGGUUGAAGACAUCUAUGGAUAUUGAGACUGUUACCUUUCCAUGGAUCUCAUAUUUGAUGGGACCAUCCAGUUCAGCUCCUAAUGCCAUUAAUUUUGUAACUGUACUGUUAAUGUCAGUCACUGUGAAUGAUAGGAGUGACGAGUAUCCCUUCUGCA